AUGAACAGACCACGAGAUGAUAUUUACAUGGAUGUCGCCGCCAUGGAUAUAUUAGAUGUUUACACUGAGGCACAGUCUGAGCCGAACGUCAACUCUUUCCUUAAGAAGUUCUAUUACACCAUGAAGGAGCCGUCAUAUAUUGACUGGAAGAUUAAUAACCCCGAUAAAGUUAAAAGUGAUGAAGAUAGACGAGAUUUAAUAAGACAAAAACUUGAAAGUAUUAGAAGAUGCGAAAGAAUAUCUAGAUAUUUGGAUGAAAAUAAUAUAGGACUUAAUUCAUUUAAUACAUGGAAUAAAAAGUUUGCGAAGAAAUAUAAUAAAAGGACUGUUGAUCAGAGUACUAUUCCAGACUGGGUUAGAAAGUUGUCUCGUAAACGCGCCGAAGAAGUUGAUGUUGAUGAUAUUCACGUUGAAGAAAUUGAAAACGAAUCUAAACGUGCUUUACUUAAGCCGUUAAAAUCUAAAGAUGAUGAAAAGAAGCCCAAGAAGGUUGAGACUAAAGAUAAUUAA